UUGGUGAGCUGUCCUAAGCAGCUGCUUCUGAAGUUUACAGAAGCGCAGCAUUCAUCGGUUUCUGAAGUUUUUUCUAGAUGUGUGGUUAAAAGCAGCGUAACAUGGAUGUGUUUGGAGUGUUUGUGGCGUUUUUAUCCCUGUGUGUGUCCGCAAUAAGCGCUUUUUCUCAGUCUCUUGACAGUGAUUUUACAUUUAAUUUACCCGCCGGACGUAAAGAGUGCUUCUACCAGAGUAUGAAGAAAGACGCUUCACUGGAAAUCGAGUAUCAGGUUCUGGAUGGAGCAAGUCUAGAUGUAGACUUCCAGUUGCAUGCACCCAAUGGUCACAUUCUGGCCUCAGACUACAGGAAGUCUGAUGGGGUUCACACAGUUGAAACAGAAGAGGGCGACUACAUGUUCUGUUUUGAUAACACAUUUAGUGCUGUUUCUGAGAAAAUAAUCUUCUUUGAGUUGAUAUUGGACAAUAUGGAUGACGGAGAGGAUUCUGAGGACUGGAAAGCAUAUGUUCAGGGAACAGACCUUCUGGAUAUGAAACUGGAAGAUAUUAUGGACACCAUCAACAGUGUGAAAGCUCGCCUGGGCAAGAGUCUUCAGAUCCAGACGGUGCUGAGAGCAUUCGAAGCACGUGACCGCAACCUGCAAGAAAGCAACUACGAACGGGUCAACCUGUGGUCCUGUACCAACCUUGUCCUCAUGGUGAUUGUAUCCGGGGUGCAGGUCUACUUGCUACGCAGCCUUUUUGAUGACAAGAGGAAAACACGCACAUAACCUUGCUUCCUGUUACUGACUGAAAGACGCUCCACUCUAACUCACUAUCCCUUAAUAUUGUGCUUCCUUCUCGGAUUUCACAUCAAAGUGUCCUUGGAAUGGCGGAUGGCUGGAGUUUCUCUUAUCCUUAGCCCUCCUUCCCACCUUUUAUAUCCGUCUUGCCUUGUUGUGUUGAAGACAAUCAUUUUCUACUUGAGCCAAGCACUCAGUGAUACUUUGAUAAAACGAGACAUUGAAGUUGAUCUUUAAAAUGCUGCUAUGUGAGACAGAGAUCUCAUCAGGUUUAUGACCUCUUAGGUGUUUUUAAGUAUAUAAUUAGGCUAUCAGAGAUUAUUAGUUUUGCGUUUUUGUAUGGUGUUUUAUAGAGUUAAAAUCCUCAUUGACUUGUUACUUGUACAAAGUGUAGUUACUGAAUUUUCAGGCACUGAUAAAAAAUACACUGAUAUGCAGCCAGGUUUUGGUAAUAAACAAGCUUACUAUUUUGAAAUGAA